UGAUUUUCUCCUCCUUUUUUUCACUUUACUUUUCUUUACAUUCUUCAGUGCUCUUAAAGUUUCCUCCCCAGGUUUAGCUUGGGAUAAUUUCUCCCUGUUUCGGUUUCUGAUCGACAGCGCUUGACAGGGAGACUACUCUUUUAGGAAUAUAACAUUGGCCCCAUCCCCGGAUUCCUCGUGCGCAAAACUCUCCCCCGGCCACUAUGCGCACCGAGGCGUGAUCGAUCCCCUCGUUAUCCGCCCACCGAUCACCCUCCUUCCCUGAUUACACGAGACCUCGAAAUGUACCUUUGGGGUCUAUUGGCCCUCACCGGUGCGAUCUGGUCAGCGCGGACCGAGGCGUCCUCCGGUUCGUUGACGGGCAGCGCGGAACAGCACUAUGGCAAGGUCGUCAAUCAAGAGGACCCGGACCCCUUGUGGGACAAGUACGGCUUAAACAAAUCCGAGGAGUUCAAGUAUUUCCAUGAACCGGGCCACGAUGACAUCCUCGGUCACUAUGAUUCCCGCUACUUUACCGAACCCGUGGCGGACGAGGAUCGCCCGCAGACGAUGACCUACAUGGUGCGCGCAUACUUGAACUUCUUCGAGGAAAAUGGAUUAGAGACGUGGAUCGCACAUGGGACGUUGCUGGGAUGGUGGUGGAACGGCAAGGUCAUGCCCUGGGACUGGGAUAUGGAUACCCAAGUACCGGAUACCACCUUGCGUCAGCUGGCCGACCGCUAUAACCAGACGGUCGUCCAGUAUUCGACGAAGAAUGCCGACCUACAACGGACCUAUCUCCUCGACAUUAACCCCUGGGCUCGUCAACGUGAAAAUGGCAUGGGAUUGAAUAUCAUCGAUGCGCGAUGGAUCGACAUGCAAACAGGACUCUAUAUCGAUAUCACCGGGUUGAGUAAAGCAAACCCGGAGAAGCCGAACCUGUGGAUGGAUAAGCACGAGCACCAGUAUCAGACGGAGGAUAUCUACCCCCUCCGGAAGGCCACCUUCGAAGGGGUUGCGGCCAAAGUACCCUUUGACUACGAGGCGAUCCUGAUCGAGGAAUAUGGGAAGACUGCCUUGACCAGCACGCAUUUCCAUAACCAUACGUGGAUUCCCGAGUCGGAGGAAUGGAUCCCCGAUGAUCAAGUGGCCGAUGCCAUCGACGACGAUAAACAAUACGAGUAACGGGAUUGCUCCAGUCACGUAGCCCGCGAGAUGACCUAUCCGGACAUUGGAUGCGGUCAUACACCAUCAUAUAUAUCCCGCCAAAUAUACAUCUUGAGUUUUUGAUAUAGCUUCGGAGUUUCUGGGACCAGGGAUCCUCAUUGGGUGGCGUACGGAGAGUCUGAUUUUUUGCGUUUGUUGCAUCCUAUUUCAAGCAUACAUC